UAUCGAAAACAUGGCUCCUCCGCAACAGAAUAUGGCUGCCGUUUGUUACGGCCGGAACGAUCUACGGCUGGUGGCGAUCGCGAUACCCGAACCGGCCUUCAACGAGGUAGUACUCGAGGUGGAUAGCUGUGGCAUCUGCGGUACGGACGUUCACUUCCUGCGGGAGGGUGGUUUCGGAGAUCAAAAGCUUAUCCGCCCGCUGGUGCUUGGUCACGAGUCGGCCGGUGUAGUGCGCAAGGUGGGCAGCGCGGUAACGCAUCUGAAGGUGGGUGAUCGGGUAGCGAUCGAGCCGGCGGCCGGCUGCCGUACGUGCGAUCUGUGCAAGGUGGGCAAGUACAACAUCUGCCUGACCGGGAAACAUUGUCCGACGAAGAACCACGAUGGCAAUUGUUCCAACUAUUUCGCACACUAUGCCGACUGCUGCUUUAAGUUACCGGACCAUGUUACGAUGGAGGAAGGUGCCCUGCUGGAACCGUUGGCCGUCGGUGUGUAUGCUGGACGGCGGGCCGACAUUCGGUUGGGGAACAGUGUGAUCAUUUUCGGUGCCGGGCCGAUCGGGUUAAUUUCACUGAUCGUAGCGAAAGCGAUGGGAGCUACCAGAACGGUGGUGCUGGAUUUGGCAAAGGCCAGCAAGCGGUUGGAUUUGGCCAAAAAGCUUGGUGCCACGGCAGUAAUACCGAUCGGACCAUCGGACAAAGAGGAGGACAUCGUGGCAAGGAUUCAGCAGGUGUUGGGUGGACCGGCUGAUCGAGUGCUGGAGUGUACCGGGUGCCAGUCGGGGAUGAGGAUCUCCAUCAAGGCGACACGGAAUGCCGGUAUCGUGUGUUUGGUCGGGUUGGGAAAUGAGGAGGUCCAGCUGCCGAUGGUGGAUGCAAUUUCUCGCGAAAUUCAAAUCAUAACCGUUAUGCGGUACAACCAUGACUAUCCGGCAGCCUUAGAAAUCGUAUCGAGUGGGUACGUCGAUGUGAAGCCGCUGGUUUCGCAUCACUUUGACUUGAAGGACGUAAACGAAGCAUUCCGCGUGGCAGCUUCCGGCGAAGGAAUGAAGGUGAUGGUGCAUCUUACACCGCGGGACACCAAUAAUCCGAAGAAAUUUGUUAACUGAGCAGUA